GCACUCAGGUGUACGCGUACUGGCAGAAAAUGCGACGGAUAUGCAUCACCUCCAGCUCCUGUUGCGGGCCCAGUAGUACCAGCCAAGCCUGGGAAGCUCGCAUCCCAAGAGGGCAGGGCACAAGAGUUCUUUUACCAAAAGACUGUUCCAGAGCUUUCUGGAUUCUUUGGCCGAUCGUUCUGGAACACUGUUCUACAGUUCAGCCUGACGGAGCCUGCAAUUAGACAUGCUACCAUCGCCUUGGCAACCCUUCACGAGGAGCACAGUUCCCCCAUGGCGGCCACCGUACGGCCAAGGGACAACCUCAAGUUCGCGAUUCAAUCAUACAAUCGAUCGAUCAGCACUGUUCUGAAACGAGCUUCUGAUCCGACGUCGAUGCCUUUGGUGGCACUGGCCAGUAUUGUCUUCACCUGCCUCGAAUGCCUUUUGGGUGACCCCAAGGCAGCGGCCGCACACGUCGCCAGUGGUAUCGGCCUGCUCAAGAUGUGGCGAGAAAAGUCUGGACAGCCAGUCAGCUCCUGGGGCCAGAAUUACCGGAGCUUUGAGCUCUCCUUUGUGGAAACCCACCUGGCCCCCGUCUUGUGCACACUCAGUCUUUGUGUCGCAGAGUUUGGCACCCCCGUCGACUUGUAUCUCAAUCCGGUCGACUUCAAUAACUGUCCAAUCUUUGGAGAGCCGUUUCAAGAACUGUCAGAAUCGCGAGUUGGUCUCAUCGACAUCAUUACAGCGGUCGUAAGACUCGGACAGGAGGACGCCUCAGCACUUGAGGUUAGCGUCAAGGCAGCAAGCCUCAGCACCGCGCUUGAGAGCUGGAAAAUGAGAUUCGAUGAUCUUGUCCAACGAAGGGGGCCCUCGUGGAGUGACCAGGACCAAGGCGCCGCUGAUCUUGUACGCGUCAUGUGGCAGAGCACAGCCGUUGGUCUCUCCGUCGGCCUUGCAUCCGAAGAGACGGCAUGGGAUUCCCAUAAAAUAGCAUACGAGGAAAUCAUCCGCCUUGUCGAGGCGCUAAUAGCGCGGCAUAAAGACGAUCAAGCAUCGGCCACCUUUCAUUUUGAGAUGGGCAUCAUCUCGCCGCUUCAUCUGGUGGCGUGGAAAUGCAGGUGGCCCCAUCUCCGCCGAAAGGGCUUGGCUUUGCUUCUUGCUAGUUCCAGGCGGGAAUGCCUAUAUGAUGCAUUUCUCUAUCAUGCAGUCUUUUCGCGUAUCAUGGCAAUAGAAGAGGCUCACUGGGAAAACCCACACAGGGAGAUGUUGACGCUGGCCGACCUACCGCCCGAACAAGCCCGGAUUCAUCAUUUCUUCUGCGAGCCUGCGGUAUCGGCCACACAAAACGUCUACUCAUUGACGGUAUUCUCAAAACCGAACUGGCCUGAUACGAUGUGGUGUUCCAGAACCGAGUAUAUUGAUGCACCUGGCGGAGCCCGACCCAGCUCUCUGUCACCCACUUCGCCUCUGUCCAGGCUUCCCGUUGUGAACUUGUUUAGGACAGGACCUAUCUCCAAAGAAGUCCUACAAAAGAGACAACUACAGGUAGCAGUUUAG